AUGCAGGCAUACGAUGACGAACAGCGCGAUAACGUGUCCCACGGAAAUUUAGCCUCCCAACAUCUUAUUCCAGCAAUUUGGGAGGCGGCUUUCUGCACAUAUCUGGCCAAAUACCUCACUCCUGGCUGGCUGAAGGAGUCAACUUAUAAUGGAAGCGGUUCGCUGAACGGUGCUAGCGCUAAUCUUCCCAAAAUUAUUGUCACAGAGCGUCGACGCAGCUCACGUCUUCGAAGUACGGAGAAUGGAAGCACCAGCAGUACCCCCAAUACGACAACCGACUCUCAUUCCGACGUGUUCGCCUCCCCAAUUCAGAGACCUCGUCAAUUGCACACUACUAGUGGUGGAAUCGAUAGCGAUCACACAGCUCCUAGUAUUGCGUAUCUUCCACUAUUCUCCCAUCUACGGGAAAUGCUCACAACUGAGGCCGAACUUGUCAUGAAUGAGGCGGUGCUACAAUCUCUUAGUGUAAGUGCCCUGAUUUUUACCUUGAUCCGAAGUUAUUAUGAAAACCACGGCCUAGCGAUAACCGGUUAUGAACGAUUUUAG